GUUACUUUCCACACCAGCAGUGGUUUCCUGCAGAUGAAGAUCACUGAGCUAACAGUAACAGACUUCAUCAUCAGAUUUCAUACAGGUCUGUGUUCAGGAUGGCCUCCAGUGUUGGACCUGUUGAAAACACAAGAAACGGCUUCACCAUCGUGACCCAAGUGGUACCAGGAGGAACAGAGCAAUAUGGCCUCGGGACUGCAAUCUCCACUGGAGGCCCAGUUAAAAAACUUCUGAAAGGAGAGCCGAAGGCACUGGGGACUGUCCAGAUAAUGAUCGGGAUCAUGACGAUCUUAUUUGGCAUUAUUAAAACGGUCUAUGUCCCAAGUGUUGGUGUCAUUAGUGGUGCCGUCUACUGGGGAUCAUGUCUUUAUAUCACCUCAGGUUCUUUGUCUGUUGCUGCAGGCAACAAAGCUAAUACCUGUGCGGUGAGAAGCUCUCUGGUGAUGAAUACAAUCAGCGCCGUGGCUGCAGUAGUAGCCAUGGCUCUGCUGUCUACUGACAUAGGCUUACAGCUAACUGAUAUAUAUUACAGAUGUUCAUACGGGUAUCAUUCAAGUUCAUACGGGUCUUCUUAUGAACAGAGCGAGCCGUGUGAAGCUGUGUGGGGUCAGUCAGGUGGAAUCAGUGGAGUGCUGCUGGUGUUCUCUCUGCUCGAGUUCAUCAUCUCCAUCUGCACUUCUGCGUUCGCCUGCAAAGCCAUCUGCUGCGCUGAAUCUCCGACCAUGAUUCACCUCAACAAUCCUGAAAGACGCCAUCUGGCUGUAAAUGUUUAAAAUUUGAAAGAAUAUUUCAAAAGAGGAAACUAUUUUUCUGAGUGAAUUCCUCUUAUGUUGUAAAUGUAUGUGUGUGAAGUUCUGAAGCUAUAUUUCUUAAGUCCUAUUUACGUCUUCUAAAUUCUUUUUUUAUAGUAAGUCCUACAUUCAUUUCUGUUCAGGGCUAAAUUUUUUGACUGUUAAGUUAUAAAUUUAGCUAAUUUUACUCAUGUUUUUGCUGUUCAGCUCUAAAUUUAUGUUGUGCUUUGAAGUUUUAAAUUCAUUCCUUUGAUGUUCUAAAUGUAUUUUUGUUAAGUUUCAGAUUUAUUUCUGUUAAGUCUUAAUU